UUUCACUUCCUGCUUUGCUGGCGACACAAAACCUUGUGCAGAGCUUCCUUCCCAGCUGUGCAAGAAUGGAAGCAGAAGCUUUUGAAGAGGAAUUAACUUGUGCUGUGUGUCUCCAUGUGUACCAGGACCCCGUCAUACUGCCCUGUCAGCACAGUUUCUGCUUGAACUGUAUCAACAAUACUUGGAAAGGUGUAAGCAAUAAGUUGGGAGUCAACUGCCCUCAAUGCCGCAGGACAUUCAAACCUAAGCCCCAACUGCAGAAAAACUUCACUUUGCGCAAUAUCGUGGAGAAAUACCACCAGUCCCAAGUUACUGCUGCUGAAUCAACCCCUGUCAUGUGUGAAUACUGCAUGGAGAAUCCAUCUCCAGCUGUGAAGACCUGUCUCAAAUGCGACACCUCAUUUUGUUCCCUGCAUUUAAAGCCACAUUUGGUAAAGAAGACUUACCAGGAUCACAUCCUGAUCGAGCCUCUAGACGACCUUACGAAGAAACAGUGUCUGGAUCAUAAGAAGAUUCUUGAGUUUUACUGCGAGCAGGAUGAACAGUGUGUGUGUAUAUCUUGUACAGUGAUAGGGAAACACAAAUCUCACACUCUCCUGAACCUGGAUCAGGCAGAAGCUAAAGUCAAGGACAAAUUGAAGAAAGAAUGGGGGGAUCAUUGUGAAGUUCAGAACAAAUUUUCAACUGAUCAAGAAGACUUGAAGAAAGCAGAAGAUGAAGUAAAGACACGCUCCAAUGAGCUGAGAGAACAGCUAUCGAAGAAGUUCUCUGAAUGGAGGAAGCAACUGGAAGAAGAUGAAACGUAUGCCAUUAAACUGAUUAACGAUGAGGAGAAUCGAGUGCUCUCUGAUAUUAGGAGCAAAGCAACAUCACUGGAAGAAAAGCUAAAACAGAUUAAAUUAAUACAUAUUGAAACAGAGAAACAACUGAAAAUGGAUUGCCUUUCCUUUCUUCAGGGAUCUAAACAACUCCUUUCCAGAAUUUCACAGAUGAAAAGUGACAUGGGAGCAGUGGAUGAUUGCAAAACAUCAAUUCAGUCGAAAACAUUCGGACUCUCACCUAACCAGGUUUAUGGGCAAAAGUAUUAUGGUGUUGACAAACCUUAUUGGAAUCGAACCAAGAAGAAUGAUGCACAAUACCAGCAAGCCUCAAGAUCUGUUGGCACUCAGAACAUGACUCUGAACCUGUCUAAUGUUUAUCAACUUAUGUGGCAGAGGAUGAACCAAUCUCAGAUGUACCAGUCAGCGGUGCUGGAUAUUAUAAAUGGCUCAGUAUUCAGAGCAGACGAAACUGAAAAUAACCACUGCAAAUGCGGAGAAAUAGGAUUUCGCUGCUCUCGAUGUGCAUUCUUUGUUGACUCUGCGAAGUCUCUCCUUCAGGAGGAGAUUAGAAGGAUGGAAGCCAAAGCUGUGGAAGAGGAGUUGAAUUGUGCUGUGUGUCACCAGGUGCACCAAGACCCUGUCUCUUUGCCCUGCCAACACAGCUUCUGCCGCAAAUGCAUUGAGGAUAUUUGGGCCCAAGAAGUCGGUCAGGAUGGGUUCAGCUGUCCCCAGUGCCAUCAAACUUUCAACCCCAAGCCCACUCUGAAGAGAAGCAUUCCCACUGUCCCCUGUGAUCACUGCAUCGACAGUGUGUCCCCAGCUGUGAAGACCUGUCUGAAAUGUGAAACCUCCUUCUGUUCCUUCCAUUUGAAGCCGCACUUAAUGAAAGAAAACUUCAAGGAUCACAAACUAGUCAACCCUGUGACUGACCUUAUGCUCAGAAAGUGCCCAGACCAUCAGAAAAAUCUUGAGUUCUUCUGUAUAGAUGAUGGAGUUUGUGUAUGUGCCUCAUGUGCAGUUAUUGGCAGACACAGAUCCCAUACAAUGGUGGGUCUGGAUGAGACAGAAGCUAUAAAGAAGAAAGAAAUGAAGAAUGAAGCUGAGAAACUUCAGAUAGUUCACCAGAAUUGUAUUAGCAAGCAGAAAAACUUGGAGAAAUCAGAAGCUGAAAUAAAGACACACGUCAGUGAGCUGAAGGGAAAGCUGUCGAAGAUGUUCUCUGAAAAGAGGAAACAGUUAAACGAAGAUGAAAAGUGCGCACUGAGACUGAUUGAUGAGCGUGAACAUUCUUUGCUCUCUGAGAUUAGUAACAACUCAGCAACAUUGCACUCGAUGGCAGAACAGAUGAGGUUACUCAAUGAGAAAGCUCAGAAUCUAAUGCAAGAAGACAGCAUCUCGUUUAUUCAGAAAUCUGCAGAGCUCCUUCCCAAAGUUGUUGAAACUCAAAAGCUCACUUUUCCAGAUCCUCCAGAACCAGUCUUGAACCUGUCCAAUCUGUCUCAAUUUCUCAAAGAGUGGAUGGAGGAAUCUGAAAAGUCUUACUCAACCAGAGAGAAACUGAGACAAAUGCAUGAAUGUACGGAAUCGACUUGUGGAGAAGGACCAGCUGAACCAGCAAGUGUAGCCCAUACACAGAGAGAAUUGUCACCGUUGACCCUGGAUCCAACUACUGCAAGCAAAAACUUAGUUCUGUCUAAUGAUCUGAGAUCAGUGAUGUACAGUGCGAAAGAACAGCCCCAUGCAAGUAACCCAUCGAGAUUUACAACCUACUCCCAAAUCCUCUGCAACCAGAGCUUUUAUUGCGGACAUCAUUCCUGGGAUGUGGAAAUAGAUGGAAGUUGGUGGGGAAUUGGGAUCACUUAUGGGACCAUACAGAAGACAGGCAGUAAUUCCGAUCUCCGGAGAACACCAAAAGCUUGGUGCUUAUAUCAGAGCAUUAGUACGUUGAAAGCCUGUCAUAAUAACAAGCAUACACCAGUACCACUGAAAUUCUCUAUCAAGAAGAUCCGAGUUUUCUUAGACUACAAUGCAGGAACAGUAUCAUUUUUCCAGGUCACUGACACCCAGACAUGCUUGCACAUAUUUAAAACCACAUUUACUGAGCCUGUGUAUCCAGCGUUCUGCUGUGAGAACAACACCAGGCUACAACUGUUAAAUUAGUUUUGAAUUUUAAGAGUUGUUCAUUUCUUUUAAAAUGUAUUUGUGUGUUGCCCACCAUCACUCACUCACAUUGAGAGCCUUCUAGUGUAAACUGCAUCAGUGUGGUGCUAGAGUCACAAGUUAACCAGACCAGAUGAGAUCUUCCUAGUGAGACCAUCCCUAAAUUACGUGUACUUCAGCUGUGAUAUCCUGGAGCUGAAGUGCUUAGUCAUUAUGAGCCAUGACCCAGUGUUACAUAGAAACGUAGGAACAGAUGCUGGCCAUUCAGCCCCUUGUACCUGUUCCACAAUCAAUGAAAUAUGCUGUCUAAAUCCAUAUACCUGCCAUUAGACCAUACCCCUUCAUACCUUUGCUUAAUAAAAUGAUAUCUAUAUCAGAGUUAAAAAUAACAAUAGAUAUCACAUCAUGUCACUUGUGGAAGAGAAUUCCACUCAUCUCCCACUCCGUGUGUAGCUUCCUAACAUCUUUCCUGAACAGUCUGGCCCUAAUUCUCAGGUGAUGACCCCCUAGGUCUAGAAUCCCCAACCAAUGGAAAUAGUUUAUCAAUCCCAUCUUCUCCUGUUUCACUCAAAUGUGCAUAUGCUUUCCAAAUAACGAUUGGGCCACUC